AAUUUGUUGACUCAUUGCAAGCGUCUAGUUACUUCCUGAAAGUUGAAACAAAUUUAUGCAAAGCGAGACCGAAAAACACAAUUUCCACCCUUGCGCGGAACUUGAUAUGGAUGGCAGCCAUCCUAUUCCAGCGUUUGAAGAAGAGGCAAUACAUGUGUCCGUAGAUAAGAGGAAUGAUAAGGUUCAUUUUGAUAGUAAACCAAAUUUACCGAAGUCGCCAAACGUAAGCCACGCCAGUUACAGGUCACGAGUGGGAGAGGAAGAUGACAGUGUGAUAUCAUCGACUAUUGCUUCAACAGCAUCAAACACACUUUUGAGUCAUGCGGACAGUACUGAUUCUAGUGGAGUCUCUGAAGGCUGGCACAUGUUGGGUGUGCCACAAAACAGCGAGAGUCGACUUUCUCAGACGUCUGUUAUGGGUGAUGAGGAUGAAAAAAUAAUUGUUUUUGUAGAUGCGCCAAAUAAGAAAUUAUUCUGUCGUCUUUGCAGUCAUGUAUUCAAAGAUCCAGUUAUCGUAACUUGUGGACAUACCUAUUGUCGACGUUGUGUAAGUCACCGGUCAAAUGAAACCUGUCCAGUAGAUGGUCACAGUCUAGGAGUUGUUGUUGCUAAUAUAGCAGUUUCAGAACAGAUAGGUGAACUAACAAUACACUGCAAAUAUGGCUGCCAAAUGGCAGAAGAUGGGCAAACCUAUAUUGUUAAUUCUUCUGCAUGUCCAGUCAUUGUGAAAAUAGCAAAUAGAAGAGAUCAUGAAGAUGAUUGUGAUUUUAUGCAAGUUGACUGCCCAAAUAAUGCAGGCUGUCCACCACUUUUGAAAAAAGAGCUUGAGUAUCAUUUGAAGCAUUGUAGUAAUGUAAGAUGCCCACAUCAAAAAUACAGUUGCGAUUUUGCUGGAACUCAAGAUGAACUUGAUGAACAUUUGAAAGUUUGCAAGUUUGAAAGUAUGAAAGAAUUUCUUCAGCGCACAGAUGAAAAAAUAACUGAUUUAACGUUUGCACUGAAUUCCAAGGAUCAAGAAAUUGGAUUUCUGAGAUCUAUGCUUGGAAAACUAUCUGAAAAGGUUGAGACAUUAGAAAAAGUUACAGAAGUUAAAGUUCAAUUAUUGGAGCAUAAUCAAAGCAAAAUUAUGGAUGAAAUUGUAGAUUCCAGAAGAGAAUAUGCUGUAAUUGCAGAUGAGUUGUCCCAUAUCAAUACCUAUUUAAAUCUUGGUACCAUGAACAUGGGAGCAUACGACCCACAACAGAUGUUCAAGUGCCGUGGAACUUUUGUUGGGCACCAAGGUCCAGUUUGGUGCCUAUGUGCAUUUGGUGAUUACCUGUUUAGUGGUUCAUCUGAUAAAACUAUUAAGAUUUGGGACACUGGUAGCACAUAUAAAUGUAUGAAAACUCUAGAAGGUCAUACAGGGAUUGUGCUUGCUUUAUGUACUUAUGGUAAUAAACUAUACAGUGGAUCGCAAGACUGCAAUAUCAUCAUAUGGAACAUUGACAAUGAUUUUGACAAAUUGAAAGUAAUUGAAGCUCAUGACAAUCCAGUAUGCACCUUGGCCUCUGCCAGAAACAUGCUCUUUAGCGGUUCGCUCAAAGUGAUAAAAGUUUGGGAUGUUCAUACUCAUGAAUUGAAGUGCCAGCUAACUGGAUUGAACCACUGGGUUCGAGCCCUUGUUGCAACACAGAAUCUUCUUUACAGUGGGUCUUACCAGACAAUAAAAAUUUGGGAUCUGGAAACUUUAGAGUGUUCACGAGAGUUGGAGACUUCAGGAGGGAGUGUUUAUAGUAUUGCCCUAACAAAUCAUCAUAUUCUCUGUGGCACCUAUGAAAAUAUAAUACAUGUUUGGGAUAUAGGUACCCAGAAGCAAGUAAUAACGCUGAGAGGGCAUUCUGGGACAGUGUAUGCUCUUGCAGCUUGCAAUACAGCAGCAGGAACCAAAGUGUUCAGUGCCUCCUAUGAUAGGUCAUUGAGAGUCUGGAGUAUGGACAAUAUGAUAUGCUCUCAAACAUUGGUGCGACAUCAGGGAAGUGUAGCAAGCCUUGCAGUAUCCAGAGGGAGAGUUUUUUCAGGUGCUGUAGACAGCACUGUAAAGGUGUGGCAAGCUUGAUGUGUAUGAAUGUACAUAAAGUUCCAACUACAAAAAUAAAUAAAUAUCUUAAAAGAUGGUGAAUAUGUCCAGAUCUAGUUUGGUAAUAAAAUCAUUUAUCUUUAAAACUGCUGUCUAUCAAUUUCUAGUCUUACUAAGAAAAUUAAUAAAAGUGGAACAACCAGUCAACAAAGGAUAAGUUUAAGGUCUUAUUUAAUUAUGUUAACUUAUUCUUGUUUAAGAUUUUCAAUUUUGAAAAUAGAUUGCUAGAAUCUCAAUGUACAUAUAAAACUUAAAGAAACAUUUAACAGAAUUGAUAAUUACAAGACCUCCUUUAGGUUUGCCAGAAGUAAGUUUAUUUAAUGCAAUAGUUCCAACAUUUUUGUUAUGUUUAUACCUCAUUAUUUUAAUAUUUUGUGUGAUAGUUUAUGGUAGGUUAAUUAUGUAAAGUUUAUUUUGUCACAUUUCAUACAUGUACAAAUGAUAUUGUUACUGUUUCCUCAGCUUUAGAAAAGUUUAUGCUUCUUUUCGCUUCAUUGUAAAUUAUUUACAUGAAAUAACUUGGGGGUCACAUCAAGACCCACAAAACUACCAGUACACAGUCACAGGAAUACCCUUUAAUGAUAACAACAAUCAAUACAAAGUUGUUCACUGGAAUACCUGAUUAUGAGGUGAUUUUAAUCAACUUUUCAAACAAAAUUUUCUGAACAAUGAAAAUGCAUGUGUUUAAUUGAUAGAAUUUAUAGCUAUGCUGAUUUGUUUAUUAUUUUUGCAAGAAUAUUCUCUGAUUUUACACAAAUAGUGGACUGCCAUUUUUAUUGUGAGAAAACUGUAUGAUAGCCUUGACAUUUUUGAUAUGAUAAUGUAUUUUUGGAUUGAAAGGGAAAAAUUAUUUUGGUAGUUGUAAAAUAACAAAAUGGUUUUAGAAAGUGUGAUGUAUUGGUGUAUUUCAUAAGGACUAGCAGUAUUGAGAUGCAUAAAUAAUUGAGUACUCAGCAGUAAGAUAGUAUAUCUGUUCCUAUAAGCUAAUUUAUUGAACUAUAAGUAUUUGUAAGUUAAGCUAUAAAGAAUAUUUCUUUGUAAACUGGGAAAAAAGAGCGGUUAUUUUGGAUUUAGAAUGGGGCUUUAUUAUUUUAGGGCCCUGGUUAUACAAUAUAGGGUGAAAAUGCUUAGUUUAUUGACAUUUUCAGUUGGCUUAAUGCUUACAUUUUUAGUUUUGAUUAUUUUUCAAAUUUUUGGUGUACAUGAUGCUGUGUUGUUAAAUUCUACUGGUACUGGUAUAUAUUCAGUUGUUUAUCAUACAUGUAUCUUUUUAUGCCCCAGCCAUGUAAUGGCCGGGGCAUAUAGUGUUACCCUGUUCGGUCAUUCUGUCAUUCCGUCAUCAUCAGUUUCCGUUCAUUAUCUUAGUAACGAUUGCACACAUUCAGCUCCAAAUUUUGACAUAUGGAU